AUGCUAGAAGGCAUUCUGCACACCUUCGGCCUUAGUCCUGUCUCCACAGAAAUCGGAGCUCCUUUUGUGGUUGUCAUCCUCCGUUCCUUUGCCUAUCAGGAGACACCCUCGGUGGCCGUCCUGCAAACUCUGAAUGAUGAGCUAACACCGAGUCUACCUUCUGAUCCCGCCGUCGCCGCCGGUCCGCAGCUGUCGGAACCCCGGACUUCUGAUGCGGAGGACGCCCCGACGCUUAUUGAGCCACCAGCCCCCAGCCCUGCAGACUCAGCCCUGCCCCGCACCUCUGAUCAACCUGCAGCUGAGCCAUCGCCCGCAGGACCAAUGCCUUCUCUCCCUCCAACUAUGAAGCUGCGCCUUACGCGCAAGGGCAAGAGAGCGGCCCCGGUCACCGCAACUUCUCCUCCACAUCCUCGCCGUCAACGCGUAGUGAUCACUUCCUCCCUCACCAGGUCCUCGGACACGGGCUCGACCCAGGAGACAAGCUUGGCACGGGAGAAGGCCUCUGAUCUGGAGGUGGCAGACCCGCCAUCGGACCUGACCGCUCCGCUGCCAAUCCAGAGUGUAUUACCUGCCCCGCCUUCGUCCUCUGGCGAUCAGCCCCCAGACUCGCUGGCUCGCUCAACUUCUCCUCCUCUCGUGCCUAUGAGCUCAGCCGUGCCAACUCUGGAGCUGUCAUCCGCAGACCUGGCCUUUGAAGCUUCCUGGAGGCUCCCUUCAGAGACCGACCCGGCCUACGUGCCCGCCGCCGACCUGUCGCCUAUCUUUGGUAGGGUCGACCUCUAUGGGGACCUGUCCAUCUCCUGGCAAUCAGCCAAUCGACAGUUUUGGGAGAGCAAUUCCCCUUUGAAGGAGUUCGAUCAAAUUGCUCGCUCCCUGGUUGCGACCUGCUCCGCGAGUCUGAGCGUCGUGCUACUGGCUAGCGCUGCCGCUGCUCGGGAGGCCACCCUGCGGACUCAGUGGGAGGCUUGCCAAACCCAGCUUCAAUCGUUGCAAGCGGAGCUCUCGCAAGCCCAGGGAACUGCGUCUCAGGGCCAGAGUGACCUAGCUGUAGCCCGCGCUGAGGCUGCCCAGAACAAGGGCCUCAUGGAAGAGUAUCAGAAGUUGGGGCGCUGGAUGGUCUCGUUGUUGUGUCACGGGGCCGUUGGUGGGGUUAGGCAGGCCUUCGAGCAAGGUUAUCUACGCUCAGCACCUCCCGCCACCUUUUUGGACACCGCUCGCCUGGCUCGAGAACUGCCGCAGGAAACUUUCCCUUCCUUCGAAGCGGAUGAUGGGCUCUUCCUCCUGGAUGCUCCUCCUUCGGCGGCCGAUCAGACCCCCACGGAGACGUCUGCUCAGGACCUUCCUGCUGUCGUUCCCGAAACGUCUGAUGCUCGUGCUUCUCCUUCUGCAGAGCUGGCCGACCCAGUGCCCCGUCUGUCGGCCCCUGGUGAACCGAUUUCCCCUUCGCCAAAUGUAGUGUAG